GUGCGCACGCGCGAAUGGAGUUUAUAAAUGGCGGAUCGUUGUUGACAUCGGGUGAGGAAAGAGAUGCCGAAGGCUGUCCAGAGUUAUAUGAAAGUUUCCCACAGUUCUGAGCAAUCCCCUAUUUGAAUAGGGUAAGGAAGUAAGGUCAGAGUAAAGAGGGGACAAACUCUGACGAGCAAGAUGGCUGCUUCUCAGAAAAAGAAGACUAUGAAACUGCAAACCAGAUUGGCAAUUACGGAGGAUGACACCAAAGUCCUGGGCCGACCCACCUCACUUCGCCGCGACAAGACAGUCACUGACGAAAAGUUUCACACGCUCAAAAUGAAAACGCAAAAAAGUGCUUGGACCCCUAUGGUGAACAAAACAUCUAAUGAGCAGCUGUUCAAGGAAAGACGGGAUCUUGUAUCUCAUUGGGUUUGUCCAGAAAUACUUCAACGACAAAGUUCCCAUGCAGCACCUGGACAUGACGGUGGUCCUACCUCGCUUCCUGUCUCUCUACAUCUUCUCCUUCCUGGAGCCCAAGAGUCUCUGUCGGGCAGCUCAGGUGUCCUGGCACUGGAAGUUUCUCACAGAGCAGGAAGCAGUAUGGAUGCCUAAGUGUGUGCGGCUGGGCUGGUUCCUGCCCUACACGCCGGCUGACAACGAGUACGGCGCCUGGAAGAGACACUACGUGGCCUGUAUCCACACGCUUGACUACCAGAUGACCCGUGGCCGAGCGGGUAGUGUUGACCGUGGAGUGGACAGAAGACACAAGCAUGCAAAGUCUCCACUCAAGACCGGCAGACUCUCUAGGACAGACAGUCUUUCCGUCUUGCUCCUGCUCACUCCAAAAAAACCAUCCAGAUUGGGGGAAGCUUUACGAGUGUCAACCCUCGUGUCGUGAUCAUCUCAUCACGGGUGCCUGGAGCAGAGCUGCUCCUGGAUGCGGUGCUGUUUGGCGUGCUGCCUGUUGUGUAUGAGUACGAGGGGACAACAGCACAGUCCAUAGUGCAACAGGUGGAGGCCGUAUUGGAGGGGCGAAAUGCACAGAGCAUUGGCCUGUUCUGUCACUGCCAUGAGCCCAGUGAGCUGCGACUCUGUCAUGGUGUCACUGUCACGCUGGACUCGCUGACUGAUGAGGAAGACGAGGAGUCUCGAGAGUUCUUUGAUGCCUUGACCAAUCACAUCCUGCCUGUGGAUAUGGGCGGUCAAUUUGACAUCUUCGUGCCUCUGGCCUCCUCGGAGGAAGGCAUGGAGAUGAUGGUCCAGCUCAGUGUGUUGACCAGCAUGCAGUUCUCUGCACCCACUGGACUCAUUGGCUCCUACAACCACGUGAACAGCGAGUGGCUUAUUCCUUAUGAGGACAACCUCCAGCCACCCUCCGUCUACUUCUGCGACAGCAAACUGAGUGUGUGGGCUAAUGUGGCAGAGCAGGCACAAGAAGCGGUGCGGGAAACGCGUGGGUUUAUGGACGGAUAUUUCGACAGACUGCAUCGUAACAUUUCUGCGCAGCUUACAGGUCAGCUAGUCUUUGACGUGCUGGGUCAGACAGACGUGCAGGGCGUGCAGACGGUCACGGACGGCAUCAGGGAUGCUCUGGUGGCUCUUGGGGACUCGGACACAAAACAUCCGCUUAAGUUCCUUGGAAGGUUCCUUCUGGAAAAGUCUGGAGUGUCUACAGAUGGCAUGGCUCUCACAACAAAGCGCAGUCUGAGCCUGAGCCAAGAGCUGGCCCAGUCGGAGGCCGCAGACGAUCUGGCCUCUGACGUGGACCAGAGUCAAGGUCCUCUCAAGUCAGCUCGGGACAACGAGGCAGGAGACGAGGAGGAUGAAGAGGAGGAGAAUGAGGAAAGAGGAGAUAGAGCGGAUGUUCAGGGACAGGAGGAGAACGAAGAGAACUUGAAGGACUCGAUGAGUGAGAAGGAGAGUCGACAGCUUCGGGGCCGCCAAGAUUCCGCCCGGAGAACUAUGGACUUGAGUGCCAAGUUUGGAACAAUCCGCGCUAACAGAACGCAAAGAUUGACCCCAGAGCAGUUUGCUGAACACCCAGAGAAACGAACCCCAGUGGCCUUUGAGAUUGUAUCCAGCGAGACAGAGUACCUGCGUCUUCUGCGCUCGGUCCAGGACGUCUAUGUAAAGCCGCUUAAGUCAGCAUUGGCCUCCAACAGAUCCAUCAUCAGUGCUCAGAACAUACAGAUCAUCUUCAGUGACAUCAUGAACAUCUACAAAGUCAGCAAGGAGCUGGAGGAGGAAUUGCGUAGUCGGUUGUACGAUUGGGAGCCCCAGCAUAGCUGUUUGGGUGACAUUUUCGUCCGGCUGUGUUCCAAGGUCAAGGUCUACACAAACUUCACCAAUAACUACGAGGUGAUCCUCAGGGCUGUGGAGAGAUGUAAGGAGCAAACCCCAGCCUUUCGUGCCUUCUUGCAGCGGCACGAGCGAGUACCAGAGACACGGAUGUUGAUGCUCCAGGAGAUCUUCCUACUGCCCGUUCGUCGAGUGUCCGAGUAUGUGCACUUGUUGACCUGGUUUGAGCGACACACUCCUCGGACACACGCUGACCGCCAGGACCUGGCCCAGGCCAUUAAUACACUCACCGAACUGGACAGAGGCAUGCAGGAGUCUAAGGUCAGGAUGGAGAGAGAGAAACAGCUGGUGGCUCUCACGAAAAGAAUCAUCAACUGUCCGAGCCUUCCAGGAGAUUGCCAUGCUGGGUUUGUACCUGUUCAACGACGCACUGGUCGUCACACGCCGCACUGCCAAACACUUCCCAUUUAGCCGAGCCAUUGAGUUCAACUACAAGUAUGAGACCAGUAUGAGUCUCCUUCGUAUGAAGCUUGUGGAUAUUCCGGAUUCUAAGUACGUGAAGAAUGCCUUCCGAGUGGACACGCCCAAACAGUCAUGGACACUGGCCACGGUCACGGCAGACGACAAGUUCAACUGGGUCAGCAUCUUGGAGAGAACUCUACGGGGAGCGAUAGAUAGAAAGUAAAGAACUCUUCAGGACGCCAUAGACAUGAAGUAGAGUUUUUUAUGUAUGGUAGUUCAUGAUACGCAGUUUUGAUAUGUAUUGUUCUCAUGUGAUAUAAUUAAUCCCUGGUCCAAUUUGGUGAUGUGCCUUGAUAGUCUUUACUGUUCCUCCUUCACUGGCGCAGUUGGUUGGUGUGCAGUGGUAGUGUGAACACUCUCUCCUCACUUCACCUUUCACCAUUUGAUGAUGUGCCUGGGUAGUCGCAACAUUUUGAAUACCAUUGACUCAAUUUGUGUUACAUCGUACGUAGUGGAAUCAGGCGCUUGUCAAAAUGAUUAAAUCAAAUGCACAAUUUUUGUGCCUGUUGGGCAAUUAAACAUUUUUUUUGGUGGGGCUCAGUACCUGUUAUGUCCCUUCAAAAACACAUUUCUGUGUUGAUUUUAUUGAAAAAAGAUGUUGAAAGGCCC